GUUUGAUCCAUGCUUCGAUGGCAAGAAUCAAGAAUGAGCCAAAAGAAGAUAUCAUUCCUUUACCUAUUAGUGUUACUGGCAGUAGUGGCAUAACUCAUUGGUACCUUAGUUGGAAAAAUUGGCUUUUUUCUCGUCCUUCUCGACCUACUGGUAUUUAUGUAGAUUUUGGCAAGUUUGUUUGGAUUCAGCAAGAAGACCAUCAAUUAUAUCAACAAGGUUACUUUGGAAAAGGCACUCUUUCUAGAAGCGAUCCUACUUGGUAUUCUCGUCUGCAACAAGCUCAUUCUCAACAACAAAUGGCACCAGAACAAGUGACGGCAGCAAGAAGGAAGCAAAGAAAGCAGCAACGCAGAAUGAAAGCUCAAGGACAAAGCGUAUCUUUUUCGGUUAAUCAACCAGUGGAUGAAUCCGAGAGUUUUGUGGAUGAUCAACGAUCAUUGCAGCAAUUAGCAGAUUGGACUCAAAUGGAAAAUCAAGAAUGCUUUCAGUUAGAUCUAUUUGAAGCUUUCUUUUUAGUAUAUGGAAUUGAUGUAUUAGAUAUUCAGGAUAAGGAACAACGACUAUUAAGUAUUGAAGACUGUUGGAAUUUAUUUAGCCAUGCGUUUUCAUGUCAACUUCAACCGUGGUGUCAACCUCCCUUAGGAACAUCAUCAAUGAAUAUGUAUGCUGUGAAUUACAUUGCCUAUCACUAUUAUCGCAGUCAAGGUUGGGUUCCAAAGGAUGGAUUGAAAUUUGGUGUCAAUUUUGUACUCUACCAAUUAGGACCGAAAUAUCGACAUGCAGAAUUUGCUGUUUUAGUUAUACCAUGCAUCAUGUCAACAACAGAACAUCAUCACAAGCAACAACAAGACAUACUUUAUAAUUGGACUCAUCUUCUCCGCAUUAACCGUAUUUGUAGUCAAGUGAAAAAGACACUUGUCCUAUGCUAUGUGACUCUUCCUCCAUCUGAUAUUUGCGAUACCUGGCAUCUUUCUAUUAUGAACCACUGUACUGUUAGACAAGUCAUUUUGAAACGAUGGUCUCCUGAAAGCAAUCGUGAUUGAUUAGACCACAGAAAAUGUUGUCAGUGAUAUUAUUAUCAAAUAAAAAAUAAAAAUCAUGCGUACGUCUGAGU